AUGGUACCGGAGAGAAUCUACACACAGGAGGACUGGAAGCAGAUGUUUGAAGACAGCAAGGCUAGCUUGAGGAUCGAUCUAGCCAACAUGGGCGAGCUUCGAAGGCAUCUUCAACAACUUCACCAUAGCAAGCUCGACGUCUUCGGUCUCGGCAGCAUUCCGUUACCGCGCCUGAACGAUAGGAUAGUAGCGAUCAAAUGCUACCAAAUGCCGCCACUAGCUAGAUCCGAGCGAGCGGCGCGAGGAGAGGCAGCCGAGCUUCUCGUGCCGCAUGGUCGGCCUGCAUUGCCAUUGAUGCUACCGAAAGAUAACACGCCGUACCACCAUGCUACGACAACCAUACUUGACGCAGCUAUGACAUACAGAGACGAUCUACCGCCAAAGACGAUGCGGCAAGCGGUUCACUUCCUCAGCAAUGGCUACAGUGAGCCCCCGGACGGCCUGAUGGAGGUACUCUUCCAACUCAUGAGGCCAGCGACUAGGCGAAUCUACGAGAGAAGCAUUGGUUCACCGUGGUGGAACUGGUUCAAGUAUCUGAGCAGCGACGACGAUUCCCAUGACGCCAACAUCGAGGACAUGUUCAACCAAGCCAUCAACCCUGUGGCGUUGUGGGCAGAGAUGAAGACGAUUAUCAGGACGUUGCGAGCCAGUAACUGCUUCACAAAGUGGGAGGAUACAGUCAGGGCCUGGGUACAUCUUUCGAUCUGUCGUCAGCUGGCAAUGUGUUUCGAGACUCAUAAUUUUCGACGGCUGGAGCGUGCUUUCUUCAAGGACAAGCGAGUCGUCUUUCGGGCGACGGAAGCUGGACAAGAGGCACCGGAUUGGCAGAAUCAGAUCGUCAGGAGAUAUCCUGGUCGUGUUCGACUCUCGUAUGAUGGAAUACCGCUGCCGGUGGAGAACAUCGUACACAUCUCAAGCUGUGGCAGCUUUGUUGUCCACCGGGACAGGCGUCCUUCAUAG